AUGCAGUGGCUUUUCUCCCUCGCAGUUCUCUUGGUAAGGACGACCAAAUGUGAACCACCAGUAAAUAGCUACUUACCUCCGAGCUCAGGAUCAGGCGGACGACCUUCAUCGCAAUAUGGAGCUCCUAAUAUAGGGCAGGGCAGACCUGGUUCAGGGUCACAAAGUCAGUUCGGUGGGAACUAUAAUGCUCCAGGAAAUUACCCUUCAAAUUCAUUAUCUUCUGAAUAUGGAGUACCCGGACAAGGCUCUUCUGGAUUUCAAAGAGAUGGUUCGCGAGGUCGCCAGGGACAAUCUCCCAGUCAACAAUAUGGAGCUCCUAACCAACAAGGUGGCAGCAGUGGUGGCAAUUCUCCAUUCCGCGGUCGCGGCACUUCUCAAAGGCCAGAUACUUCUUAUGGAACACCAUCUACGGAUUACGCGCCUGGAAACUUCAAUGGUGGAAAUGCUGGUCGCCAAAGUCAAGGCUCGAGGCAACAGUUUGGUGGAUCUCCCUCUUCUUCUUACGGCACCCCUGAUUUCGGUAAUGAACUAGAUAAAAAUAAUCAAAAUUAUCGUGGAUCAGGGGUGGAUGACUCUAAUGGUCCAGCUAAGUACGAGUUUAGCUAUGAGGUCGAUGAUGCAGCGACAGGUACUAAAUUCGGUCACUCAGAACGUCGUGACGGUGACGUUACCACAGGGGAGUAUAACGUUGUAUUGCCCGACGGUAGGAAGCAAGUGGUCGAGUAUGAGGCUGAUCGGGAGGGCUACAAGCCUCAGAUCCGAUAUGAGGGAUCUGGUGGUGGCAGUGGAUCUGGUUUUGCAAGUGGAAGAAAUCAAGGUUAUCCACGUGCUGAUGCCAACGCUGAAGCUUUCGCUGGAAGUGGAGCUGGCUACCCUCAACAACCUGGUUCAGGUCAAGGUGGAAGAUAUCAGCAACCCGGUUUCGGCUCAGGAUCUGGCGCUGGCGGUUACCCAAGUAACGAUCAAGGCUAUCUCAGUAACGGACAAGGUGGUAGUAGCGGCUAUCCCAGUGGACAACAAGGUGCUAGAGGCAGAGGUGGGCAAGGCGGUGGAAACUAUCCUGGUAGUCAGGGAGGCUAUCCUGGUGGCAGAGCUCAAGAUGGGAGGAAUGGCGCUCAAGGGGGAAGCGAAGGUUACCCCAGCGGUGGUCCGAGUGGGCAACGUGGUUCUGGAUACUAA